AUGAACUCUAGCACUCCUACACAUUCAUUAAAGUUACUUCCCUUUUCUCUUCUAUUUCUUCUAGUGAUUGUUUCUGCGGCACCACACAACAUUCCCAGACUUACUGCAAUUCGUGGGAAACAGUUUAAACAGGCAUCUAAUACCACAUUAGCAUACAAGUCGGAGGAUUUCAAAACCUUCUUCUACAACCAAACACUCGACCACUUCAAUUUCAGGCCUGACAGCUAUGCAAUAUUUCAACAAAGAUACAUGAUCAAUGAUAAGUACUGGGGUGGGGCAGAAGCAAACGCGCCAAUCUUUGUUUAUCUUGGUGCAGAGAAUCCAUUAGAUGAUGAUCUUAAUGGGAUUGGAUUUUUAGCUGAAAACGCGCCUUAUUUCAAAGCUUUCCAAGUUUAUAUAGAGCAUCGUUACUAUGGGCAAUCAGUUCCAUUUGGAUCAAUCGAAGAAGCCAUGAAGAAUGAAGACAUCCGCGGUUACUUCAGUUCAGCUCAAGCUAUUGCAGAUUAUGCAGAAGUUAUUCUACACUUGAAAAGAACACUAUCUGCCCAGAGCUGCCCAGUUAUUGUCGUGGGAGCAUCUUACGGGGAAUAUCCUCAAGUUGCUCUCGGCGCUCUGGCCUCUUCAUCUCCUAUCCUUUAUUUUGAUGACAUCACUCCACAAAAUGGAUUCUACUCGGUUAUCAGCAAGGAUUUCAAGGAAGCAAGCGAGAGUUGCUACAAAACAAUACAAGAAUCAUGGUCCGAAAUCGACAGAGUUGCUUCCCAGCCCAACGGUCUCUCUAUCCUCAGUCAGAAGUUCCGGACAUGCUCGCUCUUGAGCAAAUCUUCUGACCUCAAGGACUACUUGGAGAGCAUUUACACCCACGCUGCUCAGUACAAUGAUCCCUCUACUAAUCCUGUUAGCAAUAUCUGUGCUGGAAUUGAUGGAGCCGGCCAAGGAACCGACGUUCUCAGCCGGAUAUCAGCCGGCGUGUAUGCUCAUUAUCAAGAUUCAUGCUAUAACUUCAAUCCCUCGGCACAACUUCAAGGUCCUACUUUAAUGGGUGGGGUUGGCAAUGAAAUGGUGAUGCCCAUUGGCCGCAAUGACAACACCACCAUGUUUCCACCAGAACCCUUUGAUCUAGAUAGCUACGUUAAGCGUUGCGAGAGCUUGUAUGGCGUCUCACCUCGGCCCCAUUGGGUCACCACCUACUACGGAGGCCAUGAUAUAAAAUUGGUUCUUCGAAGGUUUGCUAGCAACGUCAUCUUCUCCAAUGGCCUCAAAGAUCCAUACAGCAGUGGAGGGUAA